GAGAGAGAGACCAUGUUAGAGGACAGUGGAGCUGAGGCUGUUGGUUGGCUAAUCUCCGAGGGGGCGGAGCUUUUUUUCUGAAUGAUUUGUGAGACACCCCACCCUGUAAGGACUUGGGGACAGUUACCGAUAAGGCAGGGGGAGGGUGGAAGAGAAGGAGGUUGUGUGCACGAAGCGUGUGUCAGAGUGGGUGUACGAAAGAGAGAGAGCGAGAGAGCAAAAGAGAGGGAGAGAAGGAGGGGGGAGAGAGAGAGAGAGAAAGAGAGAGAGAGAGAGAGAGAGAGAGAGAGAGAGAGAGAGAAUGAGGGAGCUCCAGGCACUCUGAGUGGACUCCGGCUCCAGCAUUGCUGCUGCGGUCUUUCUGGCUUCCUCUGAGGAAUACAGUCCAGCUUUCUGCUUUGGCCACCUCUCCGUCCUUUCAUACCUGGAUGCAGGGAUGCACAUAAAUGCACCAGAUGAAAGGAGGGGAAAAGAAUAGCAGGGCAGAGCCAGGGAAGAACUUGGCACUUGAUUCCGUGGCCGGGACAUCUGGAUGCGCGCCUUUUUGCUGAGAGAGAAAGAGAGUGGAAGGAUAAAGAAGAGGCAGGAAUAAAAGGCUAGGGGUUAAGGGAAGGUUAAAACAGACAGUAGGUUUAAAGAAAGAAAGAAAGUGCAAGGCAAAAGUGGUUCAUCACCACCAGCUGCAGAAAUAAAAAUAAGCACAGGAGACAGGUGGAGAGCAGCAAGGAAAGAAAGAGUAGGAGGAAAAGAAGACAAGAAGACCGUCCACAUGGCCAAGAGACAGCUGAGCCUGUAGACUAGAAAUUUUUGCCUGCUGCAUUCAAGGCUGCUUGGCUCGGAUGCUUCCAUUCAUCUUUCAGUUCCUUCACUUGCUCAUCUGUCCAUCUGUCCAUUCACGCUGCCUGUUAACUUCGGUUGGUAUGAGAAAAUCUUCACAAAGCUUUUGGUCUCAGUGCAUGUAUGACUUUGUCCUGCCAAAAGCUGGUGUAUAGAUGCAUGGGUGCAUGCAUGUCUAUAUGAGAAACGCUUAGCAGACAGCGUGCUCUUUGACUAACUAGCAGGAUUUCUGGGCUUUCUUUUCGGGUAAACUACUUGCACACCUGUCUCCCAGCUCCCAUGGCAAGGCUCCUUUCAGUCUGCAGCCAAAGUGGUGACUGACUGACAAGAUUAACGACUGUUGGAGUGCUUGAUCUGGUGCCGAAUUGAAGCCUUAGUGCCACUUUGGAGUACUGGAGUAUGCAUGCAUUAGCGGGCUAGAGAAAAGAAAGCGAAGAUGAGAAAUGGAUUGGAGAUCACUUGAGAUUUAAGAGGUGUGGUUGGACCUCAGCUGGACCUGCCUGGUGCUGAAGCUUGUGAUAUGACUUUGAACUUACUUUCAGAGCAAGGAGCUUUGGCCUGCUGAAGUUCUUUGAAUCAUGUAAACUUUUUUGUCCCAAAGACAGGUGUUACCUUGGCCAACUGAAGACAAAGGGAUUGUUUUGCUUCAUAUUUUCUUUUGUGUCAACACUUCUUUCCUUUAAUUUGCGGAGCUUUGGUGUGUUUGGCUCUAGGACCAUUUUAAAACCUUCUGAAGUUCUUUAAACUAUGUAAACUCAUUUUGUCACAAAGACACAAGCAAUCAUGGCCAACUAAGGACAAAGGGAUUGUUUUUCGUCACAUCUUUCUUGUGCGUCUAAAUUUUUUCUCUUAAAUUGGUACCGAAACUUUGUCGAAGUGGGGAUCAUUUGGCCCCUGGGGGCCCCGGUGCCCGCACCGGCCCCCAACCCCAAGAUGCGGCGCUCAAGUACGGAUGAGACUCCGUACCGGCGCAGUCCAUCCCUGGACAGCAAGGCGGGCUCGCCCCCGCUACGUUACAGCGGCGAGUACGAGUACCGCAGCGCGCCAUUUGGCUUUGGCUUCCGUACCGCGCCGGGCACACAGACGGCCAAAGCUGGCUAUGCCACAGCACAAGGCAGGAAGUAUGUAGUGUUUUACCUGGACCUCUCCUUCAUCUUCCUCCUAGAGCUGCGGCGCUGCAGGAUGGCCGAGGGCUGCAUGAGGGCCCUGCGCUACGCCAUGGUCUUCUUCAACCUGCUCUUCUGGCUGGGGGGGUGUGGAAUUCUUGGAGUCGGGGUGUGGCUGUCAGUCACCCAGGGAAACUUUGCCACUCUCUCGUCCUCCUUACCUUCUCUCUCUGCUGCCAAUCUCCUCAUUGCUGUGGGAACCAUCAUCAUGGUGAUCGGUUGUCUCGGCUGUGUUGGAGCGGUCAAGGAGAGCCGUCCCCUGCUUCUGAGUUUUUUCAUCCUGCUCCUCCUGAUUUUCCUGUUGGAGAUUCUGUUCAUCAUCCUCUUCUUUGCUUAUCAAGAUCAGAUUGACCAGUAUGCGCAAAGUGAUCUGAAAAAAGGCCUCCAGCUUUUUGGCACUGAGGGAAACAUCGGCCUGACCAAUGCCUGGAGCAUCGUCCAGACCGAUUUCCGCUGCUGUGGAGUGACUAAUCACACAGAUUGGUUUGAGGUCUAUAACGCCACUCGUGUGCCUGACUCCUGCUGUUUGGAAUAUAGUGAUAACUGUGGUCUGGAAAAUCCUGGCACAUGGUGGACAGCGCCAUGCUAUGAGCGAGUGAAAGGCUGGCUACAGGAGAACCUGGUGGCUCUGUGGAUUUUUGCUCUGUGUGCAGCUCUAACUCAGAUUUUAGGGCUUGUGUUCUCCAUGACCAUGUUCUGUCAGGCGGUGAAAGUGGACACGUUCUACGCCUAGAGAAGAUAAGGAAGAGGAAAAAAAAAGAACCCAAUUGUACCAUCUUGAUAUCACAGACAGUGGAAGACUGGAGUGGUCCUUUCCCUCUCUGCUUGUGCUCUCUUCCUCUAUCACCCCUUUUUUAAUCUUUCGCUGUGGCGGUCAUCCCUCCAGCCUUGCACAAACACGGUGCUUCUUGCAACAUUUUUUUUCUGUGAUGCCUUUAGCAAACAUGAUGUUAAUCAAAUCAUCUUGUAAAAAAAAUGAAAUGAUAGAGUAACAAGAGAACUGAUCUUUUUACAGCUGUUAGAUAGAUUGGGCUUUCUCAUUCAUGUGAAAAAAGCAUCUACUGUCAUUCACUGAGACUUCUUUUGGACCUGCAAAUCCACUGAGCCAGUCAAAGAGCCAAAAAACUGAAGAGUCUGUCAUCCAUAGGCCCGGGAAGAUGCCUGAGAAGGGACGCCGGUAAUCUCUUCUGCCGUUUUCAAAUGCAUUUUAUUUUGUUUAAAACUUAGAUAUUUAUUACGUCAACUUAUACUGAUACAUAAUGACUUUAUAUCGCUUGCUGAACAUAGAGCAGGACUGUGAGGGACGCAGAGUGCUCAACAGUGACCCCUGUUGCCAGAGAGAACGCUUACAUUACUAUUGCAGACAUUACUGAGUGUAAAAAAAUAAUGUAUGUGUCCUACAUAUAAACAAGCACAGUCCAGGGACAGAAAGGGACAUCCUUUGUGACGUUAAUGGACGCAAGUGUAAAAAGCACAAUACCACAAAUGAAUGCUGAACACAUUCCAGCACCGCGGGAGUGUUUUUGAAAAAGUGCAGCUAGUGAAAUACAGUCUCUGUAACGAUGGCUUCAAGUUACUGGACUCCAGGGUUUUAUGAUGAAGAGAGGAGGUGUGGAAUGAUCAAAUGCGAGAAUAAAACAAGCAUGGGGGUGAGAGAGAGGGAUGAGCAAAACUAGGCUAUAGAAAGAACGGCUGCAGAGUGGGAGAAAGAUUGAAAAGAGAAGAAAGAGAAUCUCCCUUUAUGUUUGUCCUUUUUGUUACUAAUUUAACAAAUGUGUGUAUAUAUAUGUACAUGUUCCAGACACCAGACUUAAACAUAAACCAUAAAUAAAGCUUUUACAGGUAA